AUGGUGUUCAAGCUUGCUCAACGCGGACAAUUUGCGUUUCGACGCUUCAAUAGUCGCGUGCUUUACGUACCCAGUUCGGGACUGCGGACUGAAGUCAUUGCCAGCUCCUUCGCGGCAAGGCCCAGUAUCGAAGGCCUCUUUCGGUCGUUAUCCCUGAGCAAUUCGUAUGUCACCACUGCCGCCAAGCCAAAAACCAAGGCAAACAAGACUGUACAGAAGAAGAAGGCUUCUAAGAAACCUACUCCUCCUCCAAAGCGCGGCCGCCCUGGGAAGAGUGACAAGGAGAAGAGGGCUGAAGAGAAAAAGAAAGAAGCAAGGAUUCAAGCAAGGGAGGACCUGGAGAACCUCAAGCAGGCUGCGCUGACACCCCCUAAACCUCUACCAACCUCCAAAAUCGCGAUCUUUUCCACUGGAAAGGGCCCUCUUGCGGAGUCGGUGAAGGCAUUCAAAGAGAUAUCUCAAUUCCAUGUUGACGAGCUUGCACAAACUGCUGAAAAGAAUGCAGAAACCAACCGACACAAUCUUGAACAGUGGAUUGAAUCCCACACUCCUCUCGAGAUAAAGAAUGCCAAUGCUGCUCGCCGCAAGCUUCGCCGCAUCCUACCGAAGAAAUCUAGACUUUAUAGCCCAAUCAAAGACGACAGGCAGGUAAAGGGGCCACGUAACGCUUACCUGCUCUAUUCUCUCGAUAUGCAUAAUAGCGGAGAGCUCAGACAUCUAUCUGCUAAGGAGCGGGUAGCUGAAACUGCUCGCAGCUGGAAGAAUGCAAGCGAGAGUGAGAAAGAGAAAUAUAAGUCUCUCCAGGAGGAGGAUCGAAAGAGGUACAUCAACGAGUACAAGUCGACCUAUGGGGAAGAACCCAAGCUGGUGGAAUCAAGUGAUGCUGAAGAUCUUUAA